AUGUCUGACUCUGAAUCUUUAGUUUUGGAUAUUCCAGAACCUUACACAGGUCCUAUUGAUAUAAACACAACCUGUGAUGAAGAGGAUCAUCUGUUAUUAGAAGAGUUGGAUUUUGUGCCAUUGCAUCCCGUUACCACAACGACAAGUCAUGAACUCUACUAUUUGUUAACCAAUUCGGUUCCAUUGUUUUUUACUUUUUUCUUUCAAUAUUCAAUACAAAUCCUUAUACCAACGUACUUCUCCAGCAGAAUUGGGCCGCUUGAAAUGUCUUCAUGUACUUUAUCAAUAACAACAUGGUAUUUAACGGGACCAGUAAUGGUGAAUGGCUUCACUUCCGCAUUGGAUACAUUGUGCUCAACUGCCUUUGGGGCGCAGCAUUAUCACCGGGUGGGGCAAUAUUAUGUGAAGUGCACUAUUGUCUUGCUGAUAUUACUCAUUCCAUCGAUGUAUUUUUGGUCUCAUGCUGGAAGCUUCUUCCAACGAAUAACAAGUUUUAAAGGCUCUCAGAAUCAAGAAUUGGCCGCACUUUGUGCAUCCUUUAUUAGUGUGUUCACUUAUGUUGCUCCCGCCAUUGGAAUCUUUGAAUGUACGAAACGGUUCUUACAAUCACAAUGUAAAUUUAGCGUUCCAACGAGGAUUGUCAUUGGAGGUAUUCCGAUUUCGAUAUUGUUCAAUAUGACAAUUCCAAAGUUCUUAGAUUCAAAUUCACUUCAUAAAGCUCCUGCAAUUUCCUUUGUCUUCACUUAUUGGAUCAUGACAAUUGCUUUAGUUAGUUACAUGUUCUUUGUUGAUGGUUAUCAAUGUCUGCCAACAAUUGAGGGAAUCAAAGCAUGGACAGUCAAGUCAUUUGUGAAGAGUUCUUUUGUGUUUUUCCAGUUGGGCGUUCCUGGGGUAAUAAUGAUACUCUCCGAAGCUUUUGCAUUCCAAAUAAUCACCUUCUUGUCGACAUCAUUCCCCAAGUCCCAACUUGCAGCUCAAAGUAUCAUAUCGACAUUGGCGUCGCUUGCCUUUCAACCUCCUUUUGCUGUUGGAAUAUGUUGUUCUACGAGAAUAGCAAAUAUAAUUGGAGCGAAAUCUGAAAACUAUAAACCUGCUAUGAAAGCAAUUUACAUUCUCAUGAUUGGCCUUUCUAUAUUUAAUUUUUCAUGGUUCUUUUUCCUUCGAAAUAGGAUUACAUCUUUGUUUACCAAUGAUCCCGAGAUACUAGAUAUUGCCCAAAGAUUGGCCAUUAUUAUUGCAAUUAACCAAUUUUUGGACUGCUUUAAUAUAUUAUGUGCAGCUGUCCUUAGAGGCCAAGGAAGACAGCGUAUUGGUUCAUUGUUAUCUCUAACAACUUAUUACCUUAUUGGAAUUCCACUGGAGUUAUUUUUUGCAUUCAAACUUGACUGGAAAAUUUAUGGGUUGUGGAUAGGUUUGGCCAUUGGUGUGAAUUUCUUAUCACUGCUAGAGAUGGUUAUUGUCAACCAUUCAAAUUGGAAUAAUAUUAUAAAGGAAAGCCGAAAGCGUUCUUGA